AUGAGGAAACUUACAUCUACAACCACCAUUGGGUCGAAGAGGAAGCAUCCCAGCAACAACCAAGCGAAUGAGAAUAGUAAUAUCACUGAUGCAGCCUACGUGUCGCCAAUUGAAUCCAGCCGGAGUGCAGUCAAUAGUAAACCGCUUAUUGGUAUUUUCCAAAGUUCGCUAAGUACGCCAUUAAGUAUUGUGACAAAUGGGUUUGCAAGUAACGGUUGUAUUACAAAUGACAAUAAUAUGCAAAUAGUCGUUGUAGAGCCAGAGAGUCGACCCAUAGAGCAUUGCCGAAAUCUAAUGCAUGAUUUUCAGGAAGUUGUUGAACCGUUACAGGACAAUACGCCCCCAAAUAAUGGUUAUUAUUUUGAUAUUGGUGAUCCAGAUUAUGUUUGCGAGCAUUGUAAUUCGUUUUUUUGGUACAAUGAACGGUCAAGCAAUUUGAAGGGCUCUGAAAAUCCAAAAUACUCUGCAUGUUGUGUCAAUGGGAAGAUAAAGUUGCCAUUAAUGACAAAGCCUCCUCAGAAGUUGCAUGACCUAUUCUUUACAACCAGUGAAAAAAACAAAUGUUUUUUAAAGAAUAUACGGUCCUACAACAACAUGUUCUGCUUCACGUCCAUGGGUGGAAAAAUUGAUAGAACUAUUAAGAACGGAACAUCACCGCCUAUAUUCCGGAUUAAUGGUCAAAAUUUUCAUCGCAUUGGGAGCUUAGUCCCUUCAGUUGGCAUUCAACCUAAAUUUGCCCAGUUAUACAUUCACGAUACAGAAAAUGAGAUAGAAAAUCGAUUCAACUCUUUGAGGGCGCAAAACAAUGGUUCUACAUUGCAUGUUGAGGUAGUACACGACAUUAAGCAAACGCUAGAUGAACACAAUGUGUUGGUUAAGUCAUUCCGAAUGGCCAAGUCGUUUAUUGAAUCUAAUCCUCAAACUCAGAUAAGAAUGAGAUUAAUAGGGAAGAGGACCAAAGAUGCCAGAACUUAUGCGCUUCCAACUACAUCCGAGGUUGCCGCUCUCAUUGUUGGAGAUAUAGACCCUUACAUGGGACAACGUGAUAUUAUUGUCGAGUCUAGAUCAGGAGUCCUGAAACGAAUAAGUGAAUUAAACCCAGCUUAUUUACCAUUGCAAUACCCAAUAUUAUUUCCGUAUGGAGAGGAUGGUUUCAGGGAAGAUAUAUAUUUUGCUACACAGGGUACUAAAAAAGACUUUUCAAGAAAGAGUGUUUUACAAAGAGAGUACUUCGCGUUCCGUAUACACGAAAGAUCAAAUGAGAUCUCAACUAUAAUGUAUGCUAAAAGGUUAUUCCAGCAAUUCUUGGUUGAUGCAUAUACUAUGGUUGAAUCUUCGAGGUUACUCUAUAUUCGGUUAAAUAAAAAAGCUUUGAGGUGUGAGGCCUACAAAGGACUCUCUGAUGCGCUGACGCGAGGUGAAGUUCAACCCAGUUCUCAAGGUAAAAGAAUCAUAUUACCAUCAAGUUUCACUGGAGGAGCAAGGUACAUGAUACAAAAUUACCAAGACGCCAUGGCAAUUUGUAGAUUUUUAGGCUAUCCCAAUCUUUUUAUUACAUUUACAUGUAAUCCUAAAUGGCCUGAGAUAGAACGCUUCUUGGAGAAAAGAAACUUGAAAGCUGAAGAUCGCCCGGACAUUGUUUGCCGUGUUUUCAAAAUGAAGCUAGACUGUUUAAUAAAGGAAAUAAAAAAUGGGAAACUAUUUGGUCGCGUAAAGGCAGUUAUAUACACAAUUGAGUUCCAGAAACGUGGUCUUCCGCAUGCUCACAUAUUACUAUUCCUUCAAGCGAACAGCGAAUUUGCUGACCCGGCCUUUAUGGACACGAUCAUUUCAGCCGAGAUCCCCGACAAGGUGACAGAGAAUGAAUACUACAAACAUGUUGGAGAAUUCAUGUUGCACGGCCCGUGUGGUGCUGCCCGAAUGAAAUCCCCGUGCAUGGCAAAUGGCAAGUGUUCAAAGCAUUUUCCAAAAAGAUACAUUGAUGCAUCGCAUUUUGACCAAGAUGGUUACCCGUUGUAUCGAAGGAGGGAUGAUAAGAGGACAAUAAAAAAAAAUGGAAUAGAUUUGGAUAAUAGAUAUGUUGUACCACAUAAUCGGUACUUGCUAUUGAAAUACAAAUCACAUAUUAAUGUUGAAUGGUGUAACCAAUCCAGGUCAAUCAAGUACUUAUUCAAGUACAUAAACAAGGGCAACGACCGGGUCACUGCUGAGUUUUAUAAGGCUACGAUCGAUGGAGCUGGUAACGAGAUUGUCGAUGAGAUAAACAUGUACUAUGAUUGCAGGUACGUAUCUGCAUGUGAGGCAACAUGGAGGUUGUUUAGUUUCGAAGUACAGUACAGAACUCCCCCGGUUGAGCGAUUAAGCUUUCACUUGCCGGACUGCCAGUCAGUUGUUUUCCAAGACGAUGAUACGAUUGAUAAUGUCCUCAAUAGGGAAACCGUUGGACAAAGUAUGUUUAAUGCAUGGUUUGUAGCCAAUCAGAAGUUCAAAGAAGCGAGUUUACUGACGUAUAUCGAGAUGCCUACCAAAUUUGUUUGGAAGAAGGACAUCCGUGAAUGGCAUCCAAGAAAGAAGGGUUCCUCAAUUGGUAGAAUAUUCUAUGUGCCUCCAGCUUCAGGCGAAAUAUAUUAUUUGAGGUGUCUAUUGAACAUAGUCCGUGGUCCGACAAGUUUCAAAGAUAUUAGGACAGUUAACGGUGUUGAGUACUUAACCUUUAGAGAUGCGUGUUAUGCUCAUGGAUUGUUAGACAAUGAUAAGGAGUACAUUGAUGCUAUAAAUGAAGCAAGUUAUUGGUCAAGUGCGCAUUCAUUGAGGAAGCUAUUUGUUGUCUUACUAACAUCAUCAUCAAUUAUUAGACCCGAAAAUGUUUGGAAUCAAGUGUGGGAACAUUUGUCUGAAGAUGCUCAACAUUAUCAAAGGAGAGUAUUAAAACAACAAGAUUUGGUCUUAACAGAGGAAGAGAAAAAGAACUUUGCAUUAAUUGAACUGGAAAACCUGUUGGGUCAACAAAACAAGUCUUUAAAAGACUACCCCCCGAUGCCAACACCAAGUACUGAUAAUUCACGUUUGUUUCAAAAUCGAUUGGUGUUUGAAGAGUUGUCGUACGAUUCGGAACAGUUGAAGGCAGAUUCUGAGGUCCUUUGUGCCAAACUAACUGAAGAACAAGGUCUCAUAUAUGAUACUGUUAUCAAAGAUAUUGAAAACAAGAAGGGUGGCUUAUUUUUUGUUUAUGGUUAUGGUGGAACAGGAAAGACUUUCCUGUGGAGAGCGUUAUCAGCUGCAGUCAGAUGCAAAGGACAAAUCGUUUUAAAUGUCGCUUCAAGUGGCAUAGCUUCUUUGUUGCUACCAGGUGGCCGGACUGCACACUCGAGGUUUGCAAUACCUAUUGCAAUAAAUGAGGACUCUAGCUGUAACAUUAAGCAAGGUAGCGACCUGGCUGAGUUGCUGAUCAAGACGAGCUUGAUAAUUUGGGAUGAAGCUCCCAUGAUGCAUAAACAUUGCUUUGAAGCUUUAGAUAGAACCAUGCGCGAUUUGUUGCGUUUUGUAGAACCUAAUAGUGAAAUGAAGACGUUUGGUGGUAAAACAGUUGUACUGGGUGGAGAUUUCCGUCAAAUUCUUCCAGUAGUUCCCAAAGGUACACGGCAAGACAUUGUUUCUUCAGCGAUCAAUUCAUCAUACCUAUGGGAUACUUGCAAAGUCUUAAGGUUGACUAAAAACCUCAGGCUCAGCUCGGUACCAAAUGGUGGAAACCGGCAUGCAUUACAAGAGUUUGCUGACUGGAUUGCCAAUAUUGGCGAUGGGAAGCUUGGUGGCCAGAAUAACGGGUUUGCAGAAAUUGAAAUACCAACGCACAUGUUAGUAUCAUCCGGGGGGGACGACAUUAAAGCAAUUGUGCACAGUAUAUUUCCUAUGUUUGCAAGUGGGAACACUGACCCCGAGCACCUGUUGGGUCGUGCCAUAUUAGCACAGACGCUCGACGUUGUCAACGCUGUUAAUGACUAUAUGACUGAGUUGCACAAUGCCGAAAGUAGGUCAUACUAUAGUUCAGACACAGUAUGCAAAGCCGAUGGCGAUAACGGUAUAUUUGGAGACGUACACACACCGGAGUUUCUAAAUAGCAUUCGGGUUUCAGGUCUACCAAAUCAUACACUGACCUUGAAAAUCGGAUCACCAGUAAUGUUAAUGAGAAAUAUUGACCAUUCACUUGGUUUGUGCAAUGGAACUCGGUUGAUAAUCACAAAGCUAGCAGAUCAUGUGAUUGAAGGCGAGAUCCUGACUGGUCCCAACAAAGGUACAAAAGUGUUAAUCCCCCGAAUGUCAAUGGCACCCUCGGAUCCAAGAUUGCCGUUCAAGUUUCAACGAAGGCAAUUCCCAUUGAUGCUUUCAUAUGCGAUGACCAUAAACAAAAGUCAAGGCCAAACGUUGACCCAUGUAGGUUUAGUACUAAAGAAACCGGUUUUUGUACACGGUCAGUUGUACGUAGCUGCAUCUCGGGUUAAUAAUCCAGACGGUCUCAAAAUAUUUAUAGCAAAAGACUCAAGUUCAACUACAACCUCAACCACUAAUGUUGUAUAUCAUGAAGUUUUCAAUAAUUUGUAG